UAUAUAUAUACACACUUCAUUUAAAGUUUAUUUAUUUUUAGAGGGAGCACGGAGGAGGGGCAGAAGGAGAGGGAGACAGCGAGAAUCCCAAGCAGGCUCUGCGCUGUCAUUACAGAGCCCGAUGUGGGGCCUGAACCCAAGAAACAUGAGAUCAUGUCCUGAGCUGAAGUUGGAUGCUCAACUGACUGAGCCACCCAGGCACCCUGGCCAGUAUUAUAUUGACCUUAAUCCAGAUGUCUUGGUUUUAAACAUGUCAAUCACAACAUUCCAUAUCUUCUUCAGGACUGGGAUGCUGACUUGUCAAAAGCCAUUAUAAAAAUAACAUGUCACAUGAGGGCCCCUCCCUGCCCAAAUCCAGCCUCACCACCCAGGGGUGCGUGCCAUCAGUUUCUUGAGCACACAGCUAACUUCUAACAGGGAGUUCUUCCUUGACUAUAACAUAAGUAUGUCUUACAGUACUCAACAAAAAAUUAUCUUUUAUAUAAAUAUUGGUGUGAAGUGGAAGACGGUGAGUUCCAUUCUCUGGUCAUCGGUUAGCCCUGUUUGCAACUCUAAUAGUUUUGUUGCCCCCACUUCACCCUAUCACUGGUGCCUCUCAGCUGACUUGAACACUUGGCCAGUUCUGAACAAGGGAAGUCUUCUCUCUCCUUACAUCUGUUGAAUUUCUGAAAUCAUUUUAGUCCUAACAACCCACAAGGAGCCUGUUGUCCUAGAAAAGAAUCCAGGAUUGGAGAUUGGUAGGGUAUUUUGUUUAUUUAUUUAUUAUUUUUUACAUUUUUAUUUAUUUUUGAAAGAGAGAGUGUGAGCGGGGGAGGAACAGAGAGAGAGGGAGACACAGAACCUGAAGCAGGCUCCAGGCUCCGAGCUGUCAGCACAGAGCCCGAUACGGGGCUUGAACUCACGAAUCGUGAGAUCAUGACCUGAGCCAAAGUCGGACGCUUAACCGACUGAGCCACCCAGUGCCCGUGUUUAUUUAUUUUUUAAUUUUUAAGUUAAUUUGAGAGCCUGUGUAUGAGUGGGGGAGGGGCAGAAGGAGUGAGAGAGAGAGGGUGAGGGUGAGAGAGAGUCCCAAACAAGCUCCACGCUGCCAGUACAGAGCCUAAUGCAGAGCUCGAACUCAAGAAGCCAUGAGAUCAUGACCUGAGUCAAAACCAAGAGUGGGACGCUUAACCAACUGAGCCACCCAGGCACCCCUAUUUUGUUUCCUUCCAGUAGGAGUAAAGAUGUGGUUUUGACUGCAUUAGCUCAGUCAACAAAUACUUAGUGGACACCAUCUGUGCUCUAGGGCGUUGUUACAGGUGCUGGGGACAUAGCUCCCAAGGAGACAAAGUUCUUAGGCUUGUGCAGUUGAUAUUUUAUAGGGCAGACAAAUUAAACAAGCAAACAAACUGACAGGAUACUUUGAGAUAAAAGCACCACGAUAGACAUAAAAAGAGACUGACAGUGAUGGAUAGUGGAGGGUGGAGGCAAGGGUAGCUUAUGUCUUCAGAGAAUGCUUCUCUGAGGUGCUGAAUGAAUUUAUAUUCUGGGCCAACUUGGUGACCCCUGGUUGCUAUCACCUGGGAGAGACUCUUUGCUGGAUCAUAUUCUUUCCCUUCUAUUUUCAUGGGCAGAACCUUUUUUACCUUUUGUAGUCAUGACCACCCAGAGCCUUAGUGAGCUUGGUGAGGUAGGAUCUACUCCCCCAUAUGGCAGGUAGACUGGAGUUUUAAAAACCUAAACCUUAUCAAGUCUGUCUUAACGUAAAUUUCCCAGUGGCUUCCCUUGUCAUUCAGAAUAUAAUUUUAACUCCUUUGACCAUGGCUUAUGUAUGAUCGACUUCUAUCUUGUCAGUUUCUUUUCUGACUGUUGUCCUUUUCCCUCUCUGUGCUUAAGCUUUCCAGGCAUAGGAUUUUCCAUUGCUGUUCCUUUGGAGUGUGUUUGCUUUAGAUCAUUAUGACCUUUAACAUAAAGGUUAUCUGCUGCUUCUCCUCCUUGAGGUCUUCUGAGAGCAGUCCUCUUACCACCUGACCUAAAGUCUUAAGUCGCUGUUCCUUCCCUCCCCACUUUAUACCUUUACCUGUUUCACUCUUCCUAGUACUUGGAACCCUCUAAAUUCCCUGGUACAAGUUGAGGAAAUGAUACCAAAUGUCUUCAAAGAGCCCAACUUGACACUUGACCUGUUCUGAAAGUGCCUCUGAGUGUUCAUGGCCUCAAGCAUCCCUUGGCUAUCUUUAGAUUUUAUUCUGUUUUAUAGAUUUCACCUUGGACAAAUCAGGUCUGACAGCUCUAAUUGGAUAGUUAUCCAGUUUUCCUUUUGGGUGGCCCAAGAAAUGGAGUUAAAAAAAGCAAGUAUCAGGGUGCCUGGGUGGCUCAGUCAGUUAAAUGUCCGACCUCGGCUCAGGUCAGGAUCUCACCGUUCAUGGGUUCAAGCCCUGAGUCAGGCUCUGUGCUGACAGCUCAGAGCCUGGAGCCUGUUUCCAAUUCUGUGUCUCCUUCUCUCUCUGCCCCUUCCCUGCUCACACUCUGUCUCUCUCUCAAGAAAUAAACAUUAAAACAAAAAAGUUAAAAAAAAAAAAAAAAGCAAGCAUCAGGGUCACCUGAAUGACUCCUUCAGUUGAGUGUCUGACUUUGGCUCAAGUCAUGAUCUCGUUCGUGGUUCAUGAGUUCGAGCCCCACGUAGGGACUGUCAGCCCAGAGUCUGCUUAGGCUCUUGUGUCCCCCUCUCUCUCUGCCCCUUCCCUGCUUGUGCUCUCUCUGUCUCAAAAAUAAAUACAUCUUAAGAAGCAGGACAAAACAAACAAAAACAUCAGAACUAAGAGUUGAUUAAUGCUGUCACCAGCCUCCUUCUGCCUGUGCUCUUUUUCUUGGAUCUCUUUUUCUGUCCCUUUACCUCUACUUUUUUCAGGUGGAGGAAAGGAAAAACAAAUUUUCUGUUUCUAACUCUGGGUCAUAAGUAGCACCGAGGUGGAGGUCUUGAUCCCCUUGGUGGGUAGUUGUUUAAUCUACUACGAAUUGAUUCCUUCCCCAAUCUUCACACUUAGAAGAAAUGGACUUAUAACUCUUCAAACAACAAGGUUAUUUGCUUAUGUUGUUUCCUUUAAAAACAGAUUUUGAACGUUAGAGUAUGUGUUCUCUGUACUCAUUUAAAGGUGUUAAGUUUUAAUACCUAUUUUAGUUAUAGUGGUACAUGUGGGAACAUACCCAUUAUAAGCCUCAGAAUUAAUUACUAAAGACUUACUUUUCAUUGUGCUCUAAAAAGAUUAAAAUAAGAAAAACAUUUUUCUCCUUUUGUUUAUAUUGCAGGCCUCUGUGUAUUAUUUGCUGACAGCAUUUCCAUGCUGGAACCAUAUCUCUUGUUUUUCCAGUGGACACCCCCAAGGCAUAAUUUCUAUACAAGAUUUUUCUGAAAGUCUGCAGUGAUUUUUUAUAAGAUUUAAUAUCAGUUUAUUUGGAUAGGUCUAUGUGGAUAAAUGGAUCUUAACAGGAAUUCAGCCAACAAAAGACCAUGCUUCCCAUACAGUGUCUUAACCUUUUAGGACUAGAGUCUCGCUAAGUAGAAUUUAGGCAUGAGAGUCAGUCUCUUGUCUCUGUUGUGUCCUGAAAGCUAAUCAUUCUUAGAUGUUUAAUUUAGGAGCGGGCAGAGAGCGAGAAGGAACAGCAUCACGUCUAUCUUUGUACACGCAGAUGACCUGUUUGGCGCGUCUACACACUAGAGACUCAUUGACCCACAUCUUCUCUUCCUCCUGCCGUGUACAGGCCCUUUCGGGAUCUGGUACCACAGUUAUUAUUAAAAUGUGUUGCCAAAUGCGGAAAUCUCCAUCCCUGCUGACUUCCAGUUGUAGGAAAUUAGCUCAUGACCUAGAAUCCUUGGAGGUGGCAGUGGAGUAAGAAAGGUUAUGGAGGAGUCAAGAAAAUCCUCAACCUGAAAUACAGGCUGGCCUGAGUUUUCUUGACUAUAUACAAGACCUUUUACUCCUUGGUGAUUUCUACUUUCUUAAUAAAUAGUAAAGUUUAAGUUAUUUCUGUGUCAGAACCUUGACUCUGUUUUCCUAUCAAGCUGUUUUUGAAAGCAUUUUUUUAUCUGUUUUGGGGGAACAUCCACGGCUUAUGUUCACUGAGGGCAAAAGUUAGAGGAACUUGAACCAGUGUGGGAGAGACAGAAACUCAUGGGAGAGCCCCUGAAGACAGCAGGUGCUCUGUUGGCUGUUUGCUGUCAGCUUUGUAGAACAGCACGAGCCCACCCCUGCCCUUGAGUCACAGGGCCAUAAACAGGACAUACUGCGUGACCUGGAGGUCUGACUUUCAUUCCUCUGCUUGUCCACUGGAAUGACCAGGCUGAGGCCAGUUGCCAAGCAACCCUGGACAUAAUAGAAGCACGAGAGUUCCUCCACCGACUGUUACAUUCCUUCUGCCUUUUUUCUCUUUUUUCUCUUCGCUGAGGGGCUUGAGGCAAACUACUUUUGGGUGGGAGGAGAAAAAGCAUACUUCCUGGAAAUACUGAUUGUGAGAGUCUUACCUCUUUAAGUCUCACUGGUCACAGCUCUAAUCAGAUCUAUCUUCAGCGAAGAGGAAAUUUGCUGAUUCCUUAAAUGAAUUUAAAUUCCAGUGCAUAGGAGAUGCAGAAACAGAUGAUGAAAUGUGUAUAGCAAGGUCUUUGCAGGAGUUUGCCACUGUCCUCAGGAAUCUUGAAGAUGAACGGAUACGGAUGAUUGAGAAUGCCAGCGAGGUGCUCAUCACUCCCUUGGAGAAGUUUCGAAAGGAGCAGAUUGGGGCUGCCAAGGAAGCCAAAAAGAAGUAUGACAAGGAGACAGAAAAGUAUUGUAGUGUCUUAGAAAAACACUUGAAUUUGUCUUCUAAGAAGAAAGAAUCUCAGCUUCAGGAGGCAGACAGCCAAGUGGACUUGGUCCGGCAGCAUUUCUAUGAAGUAUCCCUGGAGUAUGUCUUCAAGGUGCAGGAAGUCCAAGAGAGAAAGAUGUUUGAGUUCGUGGAGCCGCUACUGGCGUUCUUGCAAGGACUCUUCACUUUCUAUCACCAUGGUUAUGAACUGGCCAAGGACUUCGGUGACUUCAAGACGCAGUUGACCAUUAGCAUACAGAACACAAGAAACCGCUUCGAAGGUACCAGGUCAGAAGUGGAAUCACUGAUGAAAAAGAUGAAGGAGAAUCCUCUUGAGCACAAGACCAUCAGUCCCUACACCAUGGAAGGGUACCUGUAUGUUCAGGAGAAACGGCACUUUGGAACUUCUUGGGUGAAGCACUACUGUACCUAUCAACGGGAUUCCAAACAAAUCACCAUGGUACCAUUUGACCAAAAGUCAGGAGGAAAGGGGGGAGAAGAUGAAUCUGUCAUCCUGAAAUCCUGCACACGGCGGAAAACAGACUCUAUCGAGAAGAGGUUUUGCUUUGACGUAGAAGCAGUAGACAGGCCAGGAGUCAUCACCAUGCAGGCGUUGUCGGAAGAGGACCGGAGGCUCUGGAUGGAGGCCAUGGAUGGCCGGGAACCUGUCUACAAUUCGAACAAAGACAGUCAGAGCGAAGGGACUGCACAGUUGGACAGCAUUGGCUUCAGCAUCAUCAGGAAAUGCAUCCACGCUGUGGAAACCAGAGGGAUCAAUGAGCAAGGGCUCUACCGAAUCGUGGGGGUCAAUUCCAGAGUCCAGAAGCUACUGAGUGUCCUGAUGGACCCCAAAACUGCUUCUGAGACGGAGACUGAUAUCUGUGCCGAAUGGGAGAUAAAGACGAUCACUAGUGCUUUGAAGACCUACCUAAGAAUGCUUCCGGGACCACUCAUGAUGUACCAGUUUCAAAGAAGUUUCAUCAAAGCAGCAAAACUGGAGAACCAGGAGUCUCGAGUCUCUGAAAUCCAUAGCCUUGUUCAUCGGCUCCCAGAGAAAAAUAGGCAGAUGUUACAGCUGCUCAUGAACCACUUGGCAAAUGUCGCUAACAACCACAAGCAGAAUCUGAUGACAGUGGCAAACCUCGGCGUGGUGUUUGGACCCACCCUACUGCGUCCUCAGGAAGAAACAGUAGCAGCCAUCAUGGAUAUCAAGUUUCAGAACAUUGUCAUUGAGAUCCUCAUAGAAAAUCACGAAAAGAUAUUCAACACCGUGCCUGAUAUGCCUCUCACCAAUGCCCAGCUGCACCUGUCCCGGAAGAAGAGCAGUGACUCCAAGCCCCCUUCCUGCAGCGAAAGGCCCCUGACGCUCUUCCACGCCAUGCAGUCAGCAGAGAAACAGGAACAAAGAAACAGCAUCAUCAACUCCAGUUUAGAAUCUGUCGUCUCAUCAAAUGCAAACAGCAUCCUUAAUUCCAACAGCAGCUUACAGCCCAACAUGAACUCCAGUGACCCGGAUCUCGAUGUGCUCAAACCCACCCGGCCCAACUCGCUCCCCCCGAAUCCAAGCCCAACUUCACCCCUCUCGCCAUCUUGGCCCAUGUUCUCGGCGCCAUCCAGCCCUAUGCCCACCUCAUCCACGUCCAGCGACUCAUCCCCCAUCAGGUCUGUUGCAGGGUUUGUUUGGUUUUCUGUUGCUGCCGUUGUUCUCUCAUUGGCUUGGUCCUCUCUUCAUGCAGUGUUCAGCCUCCUCGUCAACUUUGUUCCCCGCCAUCCAAACCUGCACUUGCUUUUUGACAGGCCAGAAGAAGCGGUUCGUGAAGACUCCAGCACACCGUUCCGGAAGGCAAAAGCCUUAUAUGCCUGCAAAGCUGAACAUGACUCAGAACUCUCGUUCACAGCAGGCACAGUCUUCGACAAUGUUCAUCCAUCUCAGGAGCCUGGCUGGUUGGAAGGGACUCUGAACGGAAAGACUGGCCUCAUCCCUGAGAACUACGUGGAGUUCUUUUAACCGUGGGCCCCAGCAGACCUGCUGAGCUUUCCAUGGUAUCCAUGACAACCGCUGAUUGCAGUGUUGGAGGCCGUUUCUCUUUGCCACUGAGAAAUUCAGGGUGACUGACUCGGUUACUACCUGUCAACGCAAAUGUUUCUGUGAACUCUGGAGCACCCAUCCCCAUGACCAUGGCAGCUGGCAUGCGGUGAUACUGCAAGGAACAGAAGGAAAUCAGCAGUGGAGACCAUUUGAUUCUGAUAACCGAGAGAACGGCUGGCAAAGCCAUUCCUCUCCUUUAGCACCCUAAAUAGGGAGGAUUCAUUUGUUUCAGCAGUCAUCCAAACCCCCAACCUUCUGAGAAAGGAAGUAAGAAAGAUGUAAGUAGUCCUCAAGAGCAUGCAGUGUAGCUUAAGUCUGGCAGGGCUGGGCAUUGGCUGAGACCCAGGCUGGGCCCGUUGCUUCUGUUUACAGUAGACACUCUCUUUACCCCACCUCCAAAUACUUGAGGCCCACAGUGCUACAGGCAGCUGGGUCUGUCUGUUUGCAUGCAGGAGGGAGAGGGGUUAUGGCACUGUUUACGUAAAAUGCAAUCUCUCACCAUCUCCAGGCAGCCUCGGCCAAGCAUCGGCAGAAUUCAGCUCAGUCCCCUCUUGCAAGGGGAACACACACACCCCACGUUCCCCCUCCCAAGCUAGGAACUUCUCUGCCACUGAGGGCUGCCAUCACCUCGUAACCACGGCAACCCAACCUACUCUGAAACCAAACCAAAAAAAUAACACACUUUUUGCAUGAUAUUUUUUUUUUCUCCCUGCUUUAUGGUCAUUUUUUGAAUGGUUUUCCAACAACCUGAAGCAGAAGGGCAAGGAAUUAGAGUGGUCUGCUCGGGGCAGACAGAAUGGCAGCUGGGAACUCUUCCCUUUCUGAUGAAUUUCAGCAGCAUCAGGAUAUAUUUGGAGCAAACUCUAGUAACCUCUUGAGAUUAAAUUACAUACAGGUUUAAUAUUUCUGUUCUUCCAUGCUUUAUAGGGGGCAAUAUACUGCUUCUCCACAGGUGACAUCCUCCCUUUGACUUGUUCCAUCAUGGUCUCCCGUUCCCGUCCCUUCCCCUGCCCUCGCAUGCCUGUAGUCCCUCACUGACCAGCCCUGUGGCAGUACCCUGCGCUGCUGAGCACUGGUGCCCUGGUGGCUUUCAGGGGUGAUUUCAGGGCUAACCCUGUGGCCUGUAGUUUUAAAGGACAUAUGUGUUCACUGCCACUCAGAAAAAGGGAAUUGUUUCUCAGGCUUUUGAGGCACAAGACUAAUAGUAUAAGCCAUUGUGAUUCAGGAGGCAUGGAAAGAUGGAAUGGGUACCUUCUGAGAAAGAGAGUUUCCUGGUCCAGAAGGGGCCGGGUCUUCUGGAAGAUUACCUGGGAUGGGGAAGUUGGGCCUGGACAUUUCACAUUCACUUGGCCUUCAAAGAACAGAGUUCUCAGUGUCUUCUGCAUUCGAAUGUCCUUGCAAGAGUGACUCUGGGCAGACAGACUCCAAAUUGAUGGACCGUCAGGCUCCCCAGGAGCCCCUUGGAAUGGCAGCAUUGUUCCAGAGUGUUCCCCGCUUCUGGAAUUCCUGUUUAGGGAAGCUUAAAGAAGAAGAGAAAAACUUGAAUUGUGUUGAAUUACUGUAUCUUUUACUCUUUUUUUUAAAGAUAAACUUGUAAAUAGAGUGAUUUGAAAUAUUAUAUGGCAAAGUUUUAUAUUUGAUAUUCUUGAAGCUAGUCGCUGUCGCUCCACACGUUUAAGCUCUGGUUGUUGAAGAGGUGUGUGUAUGAGGGAGCAACCGGGGGCAAGGUCAUCCCCUCUCUGGCCUUGAGAAAGGAGAAAACAUUUCUAUACACUCUCUACUGGCUCUGGUUGGUGGGCAUGACUCACUGAUGGUGUUCAGUCUUCUUUAUGCAAAUGUGUUUUUGAGCUUUUCUUGGGCUUUGAAUUUGGAGAGAGAAAGAGCAUUUUCAGGCAAUGAAUGUUUCAAAGAACUCUUGCUGGGUAGUAUGAAGCAGCUCAGGAUUCACAUAGGUGGGGCUAGGAGUUAGAUUUUGUUUUCCAUGUUUCUUCUCAGGUGUAUUUCUUGGUACCCCAAGGUGUCAGGACAGAAGGUGUUGGGAUAGUUGCAUGUUCCUUAUAUCUAACUCCUCGGAACAUCUUUAAGGCUGUAUACAUGAGGCCGAGCUAUUUUGUAAAUGUUGUGUGUGUCUUAAGUUCUAGGAAAAACUGGCUUCUUAGGAUCUUUGGUCCUCAGUACACUGCUGCUUUCCCUUCCCCUAAAUACUUCCCUUCCUGUUCAUCUCACAUUUCCUGUAACCCCAAAAUAAGAGAAAAACUCUACAGAGGGAUAGAGGUUGCCAUGACAGCUUUAGAGAUGGUUUGAAAUUUUAGAUAUGGUGAUUCCGUUCAUCAGCUCAAGGAUUUACACAGUGGUGGUGCAGGACCUCAUCCAGCAGCAAGCAAAACACUACCACUGAAUCAGGGAAUAAGCACUGAGACUGGAUAAGACCAAGAGAGGACUCGGGAAAGCUCUCACUGCAAACCCAAGAAGAAAGAGAAUACACAAACCGGCUCCACAUACUCCCUGCAGACCUUGGACAGCUCAAGGGUCUGUUCAGUGGGGCCUGAGGGGGCAAGCCUACUCUGUGCCACUGUGCGUCCUAAAUAGAAAGAGCUCAAAAUAUUGUUGUUAACACAUUUGUCGUUUCGAAUUGUCACCUGCCACACUGGAACCUUAACUAGAGCUAACCUAGGGGAGCAGAAGGCCCAGGCCCUGAUUUGAGGAGCUCCUCACUAAAGCAUCACUGUCGACACUUGGCCCCAGCUCGACUGCUCAGAAGCUUGUCCCUCCCUCCUCAAUUGGCCCUGAUCUGAAGCUGGAGGGAAAUGGAGCUGUUGCCAACCUGCAUUUUUCGGUAGACCCCUUCCCAGCUUCCCUGUAGCCAUGCUGGGCAUGUGACAGAUGGCUGCUCUCCUUCCUUUCCCCAGCCAGGCUCACCUCCUCCCCAUUUGCUACAGAACUGGAGAAACCUUUCAGAAUGUGAGCCAACAAAUAGGGAAGGAAUUGGAAGACCAAAAAUAGAUUUUACCUUCUCUAUCAUCCCUGCCCCCCCCCCACCCCGGCCCCUAAUUCUGCUGAAUAGGGAACUUGAGGGCAGAUGAGAAGAAUGAACUAGGUACCGGAGUGGAGGACUAUGGACCAAGAUCCCCGAGCUCUCCGCGGAACCUUGUGUUUCUUUUGUAAGGCCCUGGGAUGAGGCAUCCAGAGCCUGAAUCUUUUCUUGGGCAUAUGAGCAGUCUGUCCCUCCUCCUUUGGGUACUCAAAGAAUUCCAUGGCUACAGAAGGCCAUGCUGUGAAAGAAGUAGUUUCAAAUCCCUGCCCCUAAGCAAGUAAAUUCUUGACUUGCUCAAGACUGAUGAUAUUCUCUCCUGUUUUCAAAAAUCAGUGUAUAGAGAUGGACCCUGCAUAGCACAGCCUUCUUUAAUAUCCUAUAAUUGGAGCCAGUUUUUCACUUAAUGUUUUGAGUAUUUCUACAGCCAUUAUGUGUUUACCUCUGCCAGACCAAACAAACUCAGUGUAAUUCUAGUUCAUCUCCUUUUGCUGAGUGCUCUUUUGGAUGGAGAGGCAAAGAGAAAGAAAAUAAGCCAUCAAGUAUUGGCAGAAUGGCGUUAGCAGGACAGAGCCAUGCUAGUGACAAGAUCAUUUCAGGCAUUUCCAGGACUCCAGGGUUGCACGUGCAUUCCUGUAGCUCAGAGGGAAAUCCUUCUAUGACCUAGGUCUCCUGACAACAGCAACUCCAGUCACUCCAGAAGUUCCGUCUUGACUACAGAGACUGCUAAAGCACCCAUGGUUGAAGGGUAGGGAGACAGAAAUAAUUGGCUAAAGGUAAUUUGAUCCCUUAUUCGUGACUAUUUACUGGUACCUUUCAUUCUCUGGCUUCUGUUGCCAAAACCAAGUUGGGACCAACAGUUUUACAGACACAGGAGUCCCAGGUACAGCAGUGGCCACCAUGGUACCCACAGCAUGUUGCAGUGCAGAAUGUUUGAUGAGCAACCGUAUUACCCAAGUAGGUAGCCACCACUGAAGAAACCAAAUAGCUCCCUGACUUAAAAAGGAAUGUCCCGGGUAUUCUGUUCUGAGUUAUCUGUCAUUUUCUGGCAAACUUGAUGGUAAUCAGUUACCUAGACAACCCUGCCCCACAUGUCUUUUAAGUCAACUGGGUGUCCUCUGACACACCCUUUGCUGGUGUUUAAAAAAUGUAUCCUGUGUGCAAAUGCAUUUGGCAGCCACGCUGAUCUGCUGGGUGCUGAACCACUUCUCUGUAAUUGUAGCAUCAAAAUGACACCAGCAGAGCAAUGAACCUUGCACAAUCCUACGGCAUGCCUGAGACAAGACUCCGACAAGUAAUAAUUAGCUUUUUUCUCCUUUCACCGCCUACGGUCCUUGUGUAACUGAAGAACUUCUCACAGCACAGGGAGAGACCAUAUAGAGAAUCCAGAUGUCCUUCAGAGCCACCAGCCCUUGCUCACAUGUGGUCUCCCGAUGGAAGCACCUGUGUUCUUGGGUGAAAAGGUAUUGGAUGUGAAGUAGUGCCGGGAGCAGACACAAAGUAAAAGGUGAACCACGUUGAAGAUCUUAGGAUUGUUUUUACAAGAAAUAAAUAUAGUUCUCAAUAGGGAAAAAUACAUCACAGAGGAAGUUUGCAGCUAAUAGUUUCGCAAAAGUUUUCCAGGACACUACAAGACGGAAACAUCUUUCAAGAAGGUGGAAUACUGUAGGGAGCAAAGGCUUGGCACAGUCUCAGUCCCAUAUAAGAAGAGCAGUUAGUAGUAUAUGAAAAUUCUCUUGAGCGUAGUCAGAACCAGAGUAUUGAUAAUCAAAAUGUCAAAUUUACCUGGAGCGGUCCCGGAGAGGUCAAGACAUUGUACAUCCCUUUCUACAAAGUUGUCCUGACAGACACCUACAGACAGCUACCGUGGGUAUCCGGAUGCCAGGGUCAACCUUAUACCUGUGAAAAGAGGUUCCUCUGUUGAUUCUAAAGCAUCUGCGUAUUAGUAUGUGUUUGUGUAUGUAAAGCACACAUCUACAUAGGCAAAGAUCCAGACUCUUCCAUAAGCUGGCAUUUGCUGAGCCUUUGGAGCCUUUAAGAGUUAGAAGUUGGGAGUUAGAGAAACGGCAGGCUGUUGACAAUAAAAAUGACAAAAGAUGUAAAUUAAGUGCCAUUUUAAAACUUCGUAUUUAUCAAAUGGUUACUAUCCACAGCUAUAUCCCUUAUUCACUUAUUAAAAGUCGUGUUGAAAAACAGAUCAAACUCGUAAACCUGUAGUCGCUAAUACUAGGCUAGCGCUCACAAGCACUCUCAAAGACAUUUUGUCCAUAUUUUGGAGAAGAAACUGUUUGCAUGUUUAACUCAUAAUUUAGGCUACCUUUGAGUAUACUGCAAAGUGCUGUGUGAUACAAUAUCAAUAAAGUACUUAAAAGUGGCACUUUAAAUUUUUUUAAACCGUAAAUAAUGCACUGUUUUAAACUUCAGUUCAGUAUUGAAUAUUGACUGCUGUGUAAAAUCCAAUUCUGUCAUUAAAAAGUAAUUUGUGACUAGACUAGAACUUGUUCCCUGUCAUUAGUAAUAAUAGUCUUGCCAUGUUGAGGCUUUUUGAAAAAUGUGCUUUUGCGUCACUAAGGCUAUCUAUAAAGACAAUACGGUUCCUGUCGAGUGGCCUCUGAAACUUGGCUUUCUUUCAUUUGCUUGGUUUAUGUGACAAUCCUUCUGAAACGAGUGGAAGUAUGAUUUUUGAAUUAAAUGACUUUUCCAUUUGGUGG